GCAUUGAAGUGAGACAAGUCGAGAGCGAGACACGUCGAGUCGACAGUGGAUUGCCGAUAUUACAAAUAUUGGAUAAUAGUAGAUUGUGAAAUCUGUUAUCGUGUUGCCGAUCGGUGUUUCAUUCAGUACCGUGUGCUUUUCCACUGAAGGGAGACUGCUAUUACCAAGGCACGAUAAGACAAGAAAAAUGUCACAAGAGAAACCGAUUUUCGAUUAUCAUGAAGAAUCGCAAACGGAGAAAUUAGCUCGUAAAUCGAAGGAAUCUCCAUUUAUGGUGAUUGGUAUCACUGGCCUCGUCGCAGCCGUGGGCUACGGAGCUUACGCCUACAAACGUCGCGGCGCUAUGAGUACCAGCGUUUUCCUAAUGCAAUUCAGAGUGAUCGCUCAAGGGACUGUAGUCGGUGCACUUACUGCAGGCAUGAUGUACACUCUCUACAAAAACCACUUCAACAAGCUCAAAGGAAAUGAGCACUAACGCGGAGAAAAUUAAUUUAAGCUAAUUUUAACGAAGUGCCGUACAGCGGGUUUUGCCGUACCUAGGUACAUGAUAAAAAAUGCUUUAGAUAUGAGGAAAGCGUCGUUGUCUUGACGGGACACAUUAUUUUAUAAAGCGUAUGUGUAGUUUUAAGCAUUUUCAUAGAACUGGUGAGAUAUUCAAUACGAAUAUUCGUUCUUUAUAAUUAAGUCAUUGUUUUAUCUAAACCAACUGAUUUAAAUCAAAUUUAAAUCUGACCAACACCUAUCAAGGCUGCCGCCAACGAAAAACACGAAAUAGAUAACCGAAAAUAUAUUACGAAAUUUAUUAGAAACUUGCUUUAGGUUGCUUGUAUUGUUCAAAAACCUAAUUUGGGUGUUGAAUGUAUUCUCGGGAACUAUUAAUACAUAUAGAAAUUACCUAGGUUUUUUUUUAUGAAGGAUUACUGACAUCCUUGUAUGUAUCCAGUAAUGUAAAUAUUAAUGUUGACCAAAAAACGGGUACACAAUGACUUAAAUGUGUCAUAAUAGUGUAUCAUAAAAUAAGUAAUAAAUCAUUGAAAAAGUAUUAAAAAGUAACAUGAUAGUUCCUAAGUCUCCUUAAAAAGUCUCUGAGAUGUUCCCCUGUAAUGUCGACUAUCUCCCCACCUCAUUUACUUUUCAUAGAUAGAACGAAAAUUUCCGAAGAACUUUGAGAAAUAUUAUUUAUAUACGAAUUCCAGCCAAUUUUAUAGUUUGAGAGUUACGGGAUAUUUUCGUAUUUCCGAUGUUAUAGAUAGAGUAGCUGUGUCUACUUUGAAUUAUAAACGAGAAAUUCAUUCCAAUUACGGAACUCUUGACUGUGCGUAAUAUAAGACGUAAAUGCCAUGACUCUUUUUUGUAAUGUCAUUGCAAGAUUACUUAUCGUCUGUGAUAAGAAGUGUUUGUUACAUUACUAACGUAGCAAUAAGAAUAUUUUAAGCAACAUAAAGUUUAAAAUAUUUAAAAUUAGUAAUAGUAAUUUAAUUUUUUUAUUUAUAUAAUCUCUUGAAUUAUUAUCUCUAUAAUAAAUGAAAAUACAAUUAUGUUUUUUACAUAGUACAUGUAUGUACUAAUUGCCUUUAUUUCAUAAAAUAAAUAAACAUACUUUUAAACAGACAAAUUUGCAAGCAGGUGCUAUAUUUAUUAUAUAGUUCAUCAAAACUGGUUACUAUUGCAAAGACUUCAAUGCGUAUUUAUUACAACAGCACAGCAAAUAUAACUAACAGUAUUUUAGUAGUAUGUACUUUAGUAAUUUAAUCUACUAAAAUAUAAUUGGAUAUAAUUUAAAUAAUUUAAACUUUACUAAUUUCUGUGUAUAAAACUUCACUAAAAUCAGAAUAAGCCUAAAUAAAGAAGAAAACUCUACAGUGAAAUUUAA